GUAUACACCAUUGGAUUGUGCAUAUGUUGCUGAACAGUUGGAAAUUGCAGAAGUUUUAAUGGUGAAUGGUGGUCUGUCAGUUACAAGGAUAAUGGAAAUAGCAGCUACAAAAAUUCAGGCUGGUUUCAGAGGUUACCUAGUACGAAGAUACCUUGAACAACAGCAGCUUCACUUAAAUAUUGAAAAUAGCAGGAAGAGAAAUGAUGAAUUUGAAGAAAAUUUAAUUGAUGCAGAUAGUGGUUUCAUUGAGGAAGCAGCUUUCAAAACUGAACAACAGCAAAGAGCAACUUCAAGAGAACAAGCUACAAAUGAUUCCAUAACUCCAACUGAAGAGCUACAAGAGGAUUCCAAGGAAAAUGAUGGCCAAAAUGUUCUGUUGGAUAAGGCUGCACGUGCAACAUGUUCCGGAACAGCUAACACAAACCAGAAAUUGAAAGUCAGUUUCUACGAGUCAAAUCCUUACAAUUCUGUGUCUGGCCAGCGUAAAUCUAAAGGUUUGGCAAGCAGCAUUAUGAGAGGGGCUCGAAAGAAGACUGUUCGAAAUUUAGAAUUACCUGACCCAGGGGAACUGGGGUUGGAUAAUCAGCUGACAGAAAGUGAUCAGAAUUUUGCAGAGGAUGAAGCUUCAGAAUCAGAGGACGAUUAUGCCUUCAUGACUCGUGCAAUCAAAGGCCCUUCACUAGUGCUUGCGCAGGCUCUACAUAUGCCUGGAAUUAUAGCCAGUGCAGUUUUGACUGUUGGUGAUAAACAGAUUCCUAAGACUCAAGAUCAGGCCUCAGACAACAAUAAUCAAGAGGUGAAAGGAAACAAAAACAGUAAGAAUAUGCAAGAAAAGAACACUGAUUGUCAAACAAGUUCAGACAACUUCAAUGAAAGAGAUGGAGGUGACUGUCAGGCAUAUUCAUUGAAACACACAAGGCUCAAACCUGGCAAAGACUUUAAAAGAAAUGGAGUCUUUAAAGAAAGACCCAAUGAGAACUUACAAGAGUUUGAUUGUGAUUCAGAGUUUUCAAGUAUGUUAAGGGAACAGAAAAUUGAGAAAAGGAGAAUACUGACCGAAAAUUCUGAAGCAGCAAUGGAGACUGUAAAUGUUGAAGCUGGAUAUGCUAAUACUUCAGCACUGAGGUCAAAGCAAAAUCCCAUUUUGAGUGCUGAUGCAAGAAAACGAGCAGAGCAGAAGUGGAACGAGAAGUUAGCAUCACUAACAAUAAAGGUUCAGCGACCACAAAGUGCCAAGCCAGGAACCUCUUUCUCUUACAAUAUGGUAACUGCAGCUUCACAGUCACCAGCUUCCAAAAGCCAUUCAAAGGCUUCACUUCCUCAUAAAAAGAAUGAACACUUUUCUCAACGGUGAAGCAUUUGUAGGUGCAGUGAUCCUGAAGAAUAUUCCCAAGGAGUAAAAAGCAAUGAUAAAAAUCAUAAAAUCAUUUAAAUCUCAGGUACUUCAAAAUUAUAUUAAGAUAAAGCAAGAUAAAAGAAGGAUGGUGAAGUAUAAUGAUAUGUGAGUAUGUAUGUAUAUUUUAUAUUUUUAUGUAUAAGUUUUCAAUUUACUUUAUCAAAAAUUCUUCUCUAUAGUUAUAAUUAUAUUUUUCAUGAAGUUGAAGUAAAAAUACCUAUUCAUUUUGUACAAA